AUGGUUGCCAAGAUAGAUAACUUACUAGCAUGGUCCAAGAAAAAUGGAGUUUUGUUGGACCCUCACGUAUCUUUUGAAUAUAGUUCAAAUGCUGGAAUUUGUGCAAGAUAUAAUAGUGAUGAUUCCGCAACCGUUGAUGCGAAACUUGAUGGUAAGCUCAUUCGAUUGCCAUUAGAUUUGGCCAUAACUCCACAAUAUGGGGCCGAACAGCUUGGGGAGUUUGGACAUGACAUCUACAAGAAGUCUUCCAAUGUGAACAGUGUAUUAAAGCUUUAUCUUGCCCAAGUUAGAACGGGGCAACAUUUGCUGCAAGCAUUCCAUGAACCGUAUAUAUCGGCUCUCCCAACAUUAUUUGAAAUGAACUCUCCAUAUGUAUGGACUCCAGAGGAGAAGGCUCUUCUUAUAGGAACCAACCUUGGGAACUCACUCAAGGAAAAUACCAAACAAUUGGUCGAAGAAUGGUGGCAAACAAUCAAUAUGAUUCCUGAAAGUGUUCCCAAGCCAGAGAAUCAUUUUAUUAACAUGAAAUUUUAUUAUGAAUAUAAAUUUUAUUCAGAUAAAGACAUGUAUGACUACUUGAGGGCCAAUGAGGUAGAUAAUUGGACAAGUUUCCCAAAUUAUUUAUGGGCUUCAAUGAUUCUUAAAUCCCGAUCAUUCCCCAACUAUUUAAUUAAGGAAUAUAUGAAGGAUGAUUCUAUAAAGCAAGAUGAGGCAAUGCUCUUACCCAUUAUUGACUUAUUAAACCAUAAUAUGUCAGCCAAAGUUAACUGGUCCGCUACCGCUGAAUUUUUCGAUUUCAAUUCAGAAUCAAUCAUCAAGGAUUCAGAACUUUUCAAUAAUUAUGGAAUGAAGGGUAAUGAAGAAUUACUUUUGGCUUAUGGAUUUUGUAUAGAAAAGAAUGUCGCAGACUCUGCAGCAUUGAAGAUCAAGGUUCCACUUGAAUUACUUCCUAAAUUAGAAUCAAAUGGUCUUACUUUACCUGAAUUAAAUGAUUACACCACAUCAGUGGUUAGGGUAGAUGAACAAAAGAAAACAAACGAAUCUAAUACUAAAGAUUAUUCUAGAUUUGAAGAAGGGUUACUUUAUUUCAUCACAGAGGAGAAUGUUCCAGAGAAUUUAAUUCAAUUAUUCCAAAGUUUAGUAAGAAAUGAUUCAGAACAAUCAACCUCAGAAAUCACAUUGAGAAUGAAAUUGGCAGGCUUGAACCAAUUAAGACAAGCUAUCGAGACCAAGAACGAUGUACUUGCUAAAAUUGCGAUCCCAGCCGCCGGCACAUCGCAGAAUUUGAACAACAUUAGAAUUUACAUUCAAUCUCAACGUAAAAUCUUUGCUUCAUCUAUCAAAAAGAUUAAACAUUUGGAAAAGGAAAUUUUGGGAGAUUCUAAUUAUAAACCUAGACUUGUGACUUUGAAGUCCAUUUAUAAGAAGGAUAUUAAAUUCCAACAAGCGCUUUUGAUUUCUCUUGGUAUUUCAUCCUAUAAUGACAUCAUUGAAUCUCAAUUCCAAGAUCAAUUCUGGCUCUUAUACUUAAUCCGUUGUUUCAAUAAGAAUGAAUAUGAAGAUUCUGAAGAUGUUUAUAUCCCAGAAUGGAUCCAUAAACUAUUUGUCGAAUUAUCAUCACGUGUUGAAGUUACUCCAGCAGAAAUUCUACAAUACAAAGAACUUUACCAAGGUUUAAUUCCACAAUUAGCACAAUUAGUGCCUGAAGUUUUCGGAAAGGGUAAGUGGGGAGUGAACCAGUUGAUCUUGAGUGCUAAACUUUUGGAUUUGCAUAGUUUUGUUCGUGGGAAAGAACAAGAAUGUAUUUUAGUUGAACCAAAAGCUUGA